AUGGAAGGGUGCAAGAAAAGGGUGUGUACAUGGUGGAACACGUCAUCAUCUUCAAUAAGGCUGUUGGGGUUUAUGGUGCCAUUAAUUGCGGCGUCGCUGCUGGUGGUUUUUGGCGGUUCUGGGUCCUCCGCUGGUGGUCAACCGGUUCUGGAGAAUUCUAGCAACGGAGGUAAUGAUUCUGUAGCGAAUCCAAUGUACGGAGGAGAGCGCUGGGAUUUGCGGCGGAGAGUGGGUGACGGUGGAGAAAAAGAGGAAGCGUAUUCAGAUGACUACGUUCCAAACCAGCAUGUUGCGUCACCACUGGCAGUUGAAGAGAGAGAAAGUACUGCUCAAGAACAAUCCGUAGAGAAAGGAGAGAGUCCAAAAACUUCACCUAAUGGAUCCCGCUCCUCACCAAUUUCUAAUGAAACUGAUGCUCGGCCAUUAAAUUCGAGAAUAAUAAGAAAAUUCAGCAAUUUAGAGAGGCUUGAGGCCAAACUUCAGCAAGCUCGAACUGCUAUUAGAGAUGCGCAUAUGCGAAAUCAAAGUCAGGAUCCGGACUAUGUUCCAGACGGUCCAAUGUACAGGAGUCCGAAAGCCUUUCACAGGAGUUACUUGGAAAUGGAAAAGCACUUCAAGGUAUUUGUGUAUGAAGAAGGAGAGCACCCAAUUUUUCACAAUGGUCCUUGCGGAAGCAUAUACUCCACGGAGGGAGGUUUUAUUUAUCGCUUGGAGAUCUCCAAGUUUAGGACGAGGGAUCCUGAAAACGCGCACAUUUUCUUCCUCCCGUUUAGUGUCGCAUCCAUAGUUCACUUUAUUUAUGAUAGAGGUGCUCCUGAUCAUUGGCGUCCAAUGAAACAAACAGUCAGUGACUACGUUCAUCUUCUAGCUGGGAAAUAUCCCUAUUGGAAUCGUAGCCUUGGAGCCGAUCAUUUCAUGCUUGCUUGCCACGAUUGGGGGCCAGAACUUUCUAAGUCCGUUCUAGAGCUAUUUAAGAACUCGAUUCGAGCAUUAUGCAAUGCAAAUACCUCAGAAGGAUUUGACCCCUCAAAAGACGUGUCAAUUCCAGAGAUUAAUCUACGAGGUGGUAGAAUGAAUGGCUUGAUUGGGGGUCCGUCCCCAUCAAGACGACCAAUUUUGGUUUUCUAUGCUGGAGGAGUUCACGGCCCUAUUAGGCCGAUUCUUCUAGAGCACUGGGAGAACAAAGAUGAAGAUGUUCAGAUUCAUAGGUACCUACCAAAGAGUGUGUCAUACUCGCAAAUUAUGAGAAAAAGCAAGUACUGUAUCUGUCCUAGUGGUUAUGAAGUAGCCAGCCCAAGAAUGGUCGAGGCUCUAUAUAAUGGUUGCGUUCCCCUGAUUAUUAAAGAUCAUUACGUUGCUCCAUUCAGUGAUGUCUUGAACUGGAAAUCAUUUGCUGUUGAAAUUCCAGUGGAGGAGAUUCCAAACCUGAAGAAAAUUCUGACUGGAAUUUCUACAAGACAGUAUAUAAGAAUGCAAAGACGAGGAAUACAAGUGAGAAGACAUUUCGAGUUUAAUUCGCCUCCCAGACGAUACGACGUUUUUCACAUGAUACUUCAUUCCAUCUGGCUCAGAAGACUCAAUAUUCGACUGCAUGGUGUGAAGCACUCUUGA